UGAUAUACCGCGCCUCGGAGCGCGCGCUUAUCCCUGCCGCUCUACAAACCAAACACUAGCCAUGGAGCUCCAAAUUCCCACCGUCACUGUUGACGAUUUACGCGCCUUCCAUACACAACACUUUCCACACGCGCCGGCUCCAGAACACGUCUUGCACGGCUUUGAGCCAGAAGCAGAGGCGGCCGAAGAGUACUUCGACGAAGCAGACGAUGGGUUAGGCUACUACCCUGACGGCACGAAGCGCACCCUGACAGACGAGCAAAUUGCCAUGUUCCGACAUUCGGAAAUUCAUGCUAUGCUCCGCAAACGGCGGCUACAGAAAGAGAACGGCGAAGUCUCCGAUGGCAAGGCUGUCUCUGCGAGUCCAGCACCACCUUGUCCUCCAACACAAGAGGACUCACACAAGCCCGCAGAUGUUGACAACACACAGCCUGAUAAACCUUCAGGGUCGAAGAAACAACAGUGGGCGACCACGAGCGCAACGACCAAAGCUAAGAACAAGAGAAAACGAGAUAGAUAUGCGAAGAGGAGAAAAGAAAUAAGGCUGGAGAGAGGCUUGCCGCGAAGAAGAAGUGGCCGUGAUGGCGCUGACAGCGGUGACAGCGACGAUGGGAGCGACGAAUGGGAUGCAUGGCAUCAGGCUAAUGGGCCUGAUGUGCAGAAAGACGACACCCUCGAUCUCGACUACUGAAAAGGGCAACCACUACAACGUAUUGGCAACCCACGACAAAGGCAACGUCCCUUCCUGCCGUCCCUGCUAGCUGGCAACAGAUAUCACACCCUCAGCCGACCUGAACUGUAAGUACUUUGUUCUCUUCAUUUUCAUGUGCAAUGAUGCAAUCUUAGUUAUCAUCCUUAGGCGGAGGUGGUGCUGGGCUUGAGACGAGAGUAAAGACUGCUUGCGGCCUGAUCCCUUGACUCGUCUAGCACCAUCUAUGAUGAGUUUACAAUCUUCUCUCUGAGCACAUUCGUUCUUGCUGCAGUCAUUAUAGCCCGAUCGUGUACCUGUACUGACUGUCACUAGAGGUAUCUUCAUGAAAUAUUGACAACGAUUUCUACCGGGAGGCAGUAUGAGGCGCGCGUCGGUAAGAGGCAGUUAUUGCUAUAUGAUGGCAAUGAUGAACUCUUAACACCUUGUUG